AUGGCGGAUAAGAUUGGUCCCAUGAUAGCCUCUGUGCCACAUCACUCACCAACUAAUCUCACCACGUCCCCAUGGGAGCCCAAUCCUACAGUUCCUGCCGAUGUGGGCGUCGUCACAAGCUCCCAGUCUCAGAUCAAAGACCUUUUUGGGUUGUUCUGCAUGGUGACCCUUAACCUCAUUGCCUUGUUGGCCAACACUGGUGUGAUGGUGGCCAUUGCCCGGGCUCCUCACCUGAAGAGGUUUGCUUUCGUGUGUCACCUUUGUGCAGUGGACUUGCUGUGUGCCAUCCUCCUCAUGCCUUUGGGUAUCAUAUCCAGCUCAGCGUUUUUUGGCACUGUGGUGUUUACUGUUCUGGAGUGUCAGGUGUACAUUUUUCUCAACGUUUUCCUCAUCUGUCUCUCCAUUCUCACCAUCACAGCCAUCAGUGUGGAGCGUUACUUCUACAUCGUACACCCCAUGCGCUAUGAAGUCAAGAUGACCAUCAACCUCGCUAUUGGUGUCAUGCUCUUAAUCUGGGUUAAGUCAGUCCUCUUAGCUUUGGUCACGCUGUUUGGAUGGCCACCUUACGGACCUCAGAGCUCUAUUGCUGCAGCUCACUGCUCUCUCCAUGCGAGCCACAGUCGUCUAAGAAGUGUAUUUGCUGUGCUCUUCAGCGUGGUUUGUUUCCUGGUUCCUGCAGUGGUGAUCUUUUCUGUUUACUGUUCCGUGUACAAGGUAGCUCGUUCUGCAGCCCUGCAGCAAGUCCCUGCUGUGCAAACGUGGGCAAAUGCAAGCCCUGCUAAGGACCGCUCAGAUUCCAUCAACAGCCAGACCACCAUGAUCACCACCACCCGUACUCUGCCCCAAAGACUAUCUCCAGAAAGGGCCUUCAGUGGAGGAAAGGCUGCCCUUACUUUGGUAUUAAUUGUGGGUCAGUUCUUUGUUUGUUGGUUGCCCUACUUCAUCUUCCACAUGCAGAUGUCCCUGACUGGCUCCAUGCACAGCCCUGGGGACUUAGAGGAGGCAGUCACCUGGCUGGCCUACUCCUCCUUUGCAGUUAACCCGUUCUUCUACGGCCUAUUGAACAGGCAGAUCAGAGAAGAACUGGUAAAGUUUCGGCGCUGCUGCUUGACCCAACCGGCAGAGUUUGGGACAUCCAGCCAUGAGGGCUCCCUUCAGGAGAACUUCCUCCAGUUCAUUCACAGAACCAGCAGCACAGCUGAAACCACAUCCACCACUGCCAUAUCCCGUCCAAGAAAAAACACUAUGGAUCCGGGAAUAAAGCUCCCUGGACAAAUACCUGAGGAGCACGCUUAG